AUGGUAAGACAGAAUAGGUCACAAUUCAAGCCAGAUCUGAUUGUCGCUCACCGGUGUUGGAGUCACGUCGGAGAUGGAGAUCUUACACCUGCAAAACAAACCAAACUCGUCAAGGGGAAGGGGAAGGGGACUGAGUCGCGACUGGAUUUGCUCCGCCAUAUUCAUCAAACUUCCCUUUUCGUGUUCGGUGAUUCAAUUUUCGAUCCAGGAAAUAAUAACUACAUCAAUACCACUGCUGGCUUCCAAGCAAAUUUUUUGCCGUAUGGAGAAUCAUUCUUCAAGUACCCUACUGGCAGGGCUUCCAAUGGACGCCUCAUUCCUGAUUUUAUCGCUGAAUAUGCUAAUUUGCCAUUUAUUCCGCCGUAUUUUGAAAUUGGGAAGAAACAUUUGGUUGAUGGAGUAAACUUUGCAUCAGGCGGUUCUGGUUGUUUGGCUGAAACCAGUCGUGGCUUCGUUACAGAUCUUAAAACACAGCUGAAAUAUUUCCACAACAUGACGCAACUGUUGAAGAAGAAAGUGGGUGAAACAGAGUCCAAACAGAUCCUCUCCAAUGCUGUAUAUAUUUUUAGCACUGCCAAUAAUGAUUUAUUAGCAAUUUCGGCUUUUCCAUAUUCCGAUACAGAAUAUAUACAGAUAAUUAUGGAGAAUUUGACUUCUGUAUUAAAGGGAACUUACGAGGAGGGAGGGAGAAAGUUUGUGAUACUUAAUUUGGGUCCCUUAGCGUUGGAAAAGCAAUUGCCUGGAUUUAAGUAUAUAAUCUUCAAUGCCUUCAAAGCCAUUGCUAAUCCAACAAAAUAUGGUUUUAAGAUAUCUGAGACGGCUUGUUGCGGGACAGGCCCAUUUCGAGGGAUUCUUAGUUGUGGAGGGAAGAGACAGGUAAAAGAGUAUGAGUUAUGUAACAAUGUGAAAGAUUACUUGUUUUUCGACUCUGUUCAUCCCACUGAGCUGGCCUACCAGAAAUACGCCGAAUUACUGUGGAAUGGAACUCCAGAUGUCACGGCUUGUUGUGGAACAGGUCCAUUUCGAGGGAUUCAUAGUUGUGGAGGAAAGAAGCAGGUAAAAGAGUACGAGUUAUGUAAAAAUGUGAAAGAUUACUUGUUUUUCGACUCUUCUCAUCCCUCUGAGAAGGCCUUCCAUAAAUAA